AUGGCGGAGAGUGCCCUGCCGCCCUCCUCUUCCGCGGCCCCGGCCGCUGAGCCAGAAGUCACGGAGCAGCCGAGGCCUCGCAGCCCCCCUCCCUCCCCUCCGGGCUUGGAGGAGCCCCCAGAGGGAGCUGACCCUGACGUCCCGCACCCAGACCUGGCUCCGGUGGCCUUCUUCUGCCUGCGCCAGACCACCAGCCCCCGGAACUGGUGCAUCAAGAUGGUCUGCAACCCAUGGUUUGAGUGUGUCAGCAUGCUGGUGAUCUUGCUGAACUGUGUGACCCUGGGCAUGUACCAGCCCUGUGACGACAUGGACUGCCUGUCGGACCGCUGCAAGAUCCUGCAGGUCUUUGAUGAUUUCAUCUUUAUCUUCUUCGCCAUGGAGAUGGUGCUCAAGAUGGUGGCCCUGGGCAUUUUUGGCAAGAAGUGCUACCUUGGGGACACGUGGAACCGCCUGGACUUCUUCAUCGUCAUGGCCGGGAUGGUUGAGUAUUCCCUGGACCUGCAGAAUAUCAACCUGUCGGCCAUCCGCACCGUGCGCGUCCUGCGGCCUCUCAAAGCCAUCAACCGAGUGCCCAGCAUGCGCAUCCUGGUGAACCUGCUCCUGGACACGCUGCCCAUGCUGGGCAACGUCCUGCUGCUGUGCUUCUUCGUCUUCUUCAUCUUCGGCAUCAUAGGCGUGCAGCUGUGGGCGGGGCUGCUGCGGAACCGCUGCUUCCUGGAGGAGAACUUCACCAUCCAGGGAGACGUGGCCCUGCCCCCGUACUACCAGCCAGAGGAGGACGAUGAGAUGCCCUUCAUCUGCUCCCUGUCGGGCGACAACGGCAUCAUGGGCUGCCACGAGAUCCCCCCGCUCAAGGAGCAGGGCCGUGAGUGCUGCUUGUCCAAGGACGACGUCUAUGAGUUCGGGGCUGGGCACCAGGACCUCAAUGCCAGUGGCCUCUGCGUUAACUGGAACCGCUACUACAACGUGUGUCGCACUGGAAGUGCCAACCCCCACAAGGGUGCCAUCAACUUUGACAACAUUGGUUACGCCUGGAUCGUCAUCUUCCAGGUGAUCACGCUGGAAGGCUGGGUGGAGAUCAUGUACUAUGUGAUGGACGCACACUCCUUCUACAACUUCAUCUACUUCAUCCUGCUCAUCAUAGUGGGCUCCUUCUUCAUGAUCAACCUGUGCCUCGUUGUCAUAGCGACCCAGUUCUCGGAGACCAAGCAGCGGGAGCACCGGCUGAUGCUGGAGCAGCGGCAACGCUACCUGUCGUCCAGCACCGUAGCCAGCUACGCCGAGCCGGGCGACUGCUACGAGGAGAUCUUCCAGUACGUCUGUCACAUCUUGCGCAAGGCCAAGCGCCGGGCCCUGGGCCUCUACCAGGCCCUGCAGAGCCGGCGGCAGGCCCCAGGCACGGGAGGACCGACCCCUGCCAAGCCCGAGCCCCCAGCCAAGGAGCCCCGGCACUGCAAGCUGUGCCCACGCCACAGCCCCCUGGACCCCACGCCUCACACGCUGGUACAGCCCAUCUCUGCCUUGCUGGGCUCCGAUCCUGCCAGCUGCCCACACUGCCAGCGCGAGGCAGGCCAGCGGCCCUCGGGCCUGGGCAGCCCCGACUCGGGCCAGGAGGGCUCUGGCUCCAGCAGCGGUGGCGAGAAUGAUGGUGAUGAGGUCGACGGGGACGGGGCCCGCAGCAGCGACGAUGGGGCCUCGUCAGGCCUGAGCAAGGAGGAAGAGGAGGAGGAACAGGCGGACGGGGCAACCUGGCUGUGCGGGGACGUGUGGCGGGAGACACGGGCCAAGCUGCGGGGCAUCGUGGACAGCAAAUACUUCAACCGUGGCAUCAUGAUGGCCAUCCUGGUCAACACCGUGAGCAUGGGCAUCGAGCACCACGAGCAGCCCGAGGAGCUGACGGACAUCCUGGAGAUCUGCAACGUGGUGUUCACCAGCAUGUUUGCCCUGGAGAUGAUCCUGAAGCUGGCUGCCUUCGGGCUCUUCGACUACCUGCGCAACCCUUACAACAUCUUUGACAGCAUCAUCGUGAUCAUCAGCAUCUGGGAGAUCGUGGGGCAGGCGGAUGGCGGGCUGUCGGUGCUGCGGACCUUCCGGCUGCUGCGGGUGCUGAAGCUGGUGCGUUUCAUGCCGGCGCUGCGACGGCAGCUUGUGGUGCUCAUGAAGACCAUGGACAACGUGGCCACCUUCUGCAUGCUGCUCAUGCUCUUCAUCUUCAUCUUCAGCAUCCUUGGCAUGCACAUUUUCGGCUGCAAGUUCAGCCUGCGCACAGACACGGGAGACACGGUGCCCGACCGCAAGAACUUUGACUCCCUGCUGUGGGCCAUCGUCACCGUCUUCCAGAUCCUCACCCAGGAGGACUGGAAUGUCGUCCUCUACAACGGCAUGGCCUCCACCUCCCCUUGGGCCUCCCUCUACUUCGUUGCCCUCAUGACCUUCGGCAACUAUGUGCUCUUCAACCUGCUGGUGGCCAUCCUGGUGGAGGGCUUCCAGGCAGAGGGCGACGCCAAUCGCUCCUACUCUGACGAAGACCAGAGCUCAUCUACCAUGGACGAGCUGGAGAAGCUUGCCGAGGGCCUGGAUGGUAGUGGAGAUCCCAAGCUCUUCCCACUUCCCCUGACUCCCAAUGGGCACCUGGACCCCAGUCUCCCACUGGCUGGGCAUCUGGGCCCCUCCGGGGCUGCGGCCCCUGGCCCACGCCUUUCGCUGCCGCCGGACCCCGUAUUGCUGGCCUUGGAGUCACGCAAAAGCAGCGUCAUGUCCUUGGGGAGACUGAGCUACGAUCAGCGUUCCCUGUCCAGCUCACGGAGCUCGUACUACGGGCCGUGGGGCCGCAGCGGGGCCUGGGCCAGCCGCCGCUCCAGCUGGAACAGCCUCAAGCACAGGCCACCGUCGGCCGAGCAUGAGUCUCUGCUCUCCGCCGAGCGUGGCUGUGCUCGGGCCUGUGAGGGUGCCCAGGACGAGGCCCCGCCCCGUGCCGCCAUCCCUCCGCAUGCCCCCCACGUGCAUGCCGCGCACCACGGCCCCCACCUGGCGCACCGCCAUCGCCACCACCGCCGGACGCUGUCCCUCGACACCCGGGACUCGAUGGACCUGGCCGAGCUGGUGCCCACCCCUGUGGGUGUCCACCCACGUGCAGCCUGGAGGACUGUGGGCACGGUGCCUGGGCAUGAGGACUGCAAUGGCCGGGUGCCCAGCCUCGCCAAGGACGUCUUCACCAAGAUGGAUGAUGGCCGGAGCGGUGGUGGUGACGAGGAGGAGAUGGACUAUACCCUGUGCUUCCGUGUGCGCAAGAUGAUGGACGUGUACAAACCCGGCUGGUGUGAGGUCCGCGAGGACUGGUCCGUCUACCUCUUCUCCCCCAAAAACAGGUUCCGGGUCCUGUGUCAGACUGUCAUCGCCCACAAGCUCUUUGACUACGUCGUCCUGGCCUUCAUCUUCCUCAACUGCAUCACCAUCGCCUUGGAGCGGCCGCAGAUUGAGGCUGGCAGCACCGAACGCAUCUUCCUCACCGUGUCCAACUACAUCUUUACGGCUAUCUUUGUGGGCGAGAUGACGCUGAAGGUGGUCUCCCUGGGCCUGUACUUUGGUGAGCAGGCGUACCUGCGCAGCAGCUGGAAUGUGCUAGACGGCUUCCUGGUCUUUGUGUCCAUCAUCGACAUUGUGGUAUCCGUGGCCUCAGCAGGCGGAGCCAAGAUCCUUGGGGUUCUGCGCGUCUUGCGGCUGCUGCGCACCCUCCGCCCCCUGCGCGUCAUCAGCCGGGCUCCGGGCCUAAAGCUGGUGGUGGAGACACUCAUCUCGUCGCUUAAGCCCAUUGGCAACAUUGUGCUUAUCUGCUGCGCCUUCUUCAUCAUCUUCGGCAUCCUGGGGGUGCAGCUCUUCAAAGGCAAGUUCUACCACUGUCUGGGUGUGGACACACGCAACAUCACCAAUCGCUCCGACUGUGUGGCUGCCAACUACCGCUGGGUCCACCACAAAUACAACUUCGACAACCUGGGGCAGGCUCUGAUGUCUCUCUUCGUCCUGGCCUCCAAGGAUGGCUGGGUGAACAUCAUGUACAAUGGCCUGGAUGCUGUCGCUGUGGACCAGCAGCCCGUGACCAACCACAACCCCUGGAUGCUGCUGUACUUCAUCUCCUUCCUGCUCAUCGUCAGCUUCUUUGUGCUCAACAUGUUCGUGGGCGUGGUGGUGGAGAACUUCCACAAGUGCCGGCAGCACCAGGAGGCCGAGGAGGCACGCCGGCGAGAGGAGAAGCGGCUGCGACGCCUGGAGAAGAAGAGGCGAAAGGCCCAGCGACUGCCCUACUAUGCAACCUACUGUCCCACCCGGCUGCUCAUCCACUCCAUGUGCACCAGCCACUACCUGGAUAUCUUCAUCACCUUCAUCAUCUGCCUCAACGUCGUCACCAUGUCCCUGGAGCACUACAACCAGCCGACGUCCCUGGAGACAGCCCUCAAGUACUGCAACUACAUGUUUACCACCGUCUUUGUGCUGGAGGCCGUGCUGAAGCUGGUGGCCUUUGGUCUCAGGCGCUUCUUCAAGGACAGGUGGAACCAGCUGGACCUGGCCAUUGUGUUGCUGUCGGUCAUGGGCAUCACACUAGAGGAGAUUGAGAUCAACGCAGCCCUGCCUAUCAACCCCACCAUCAUCCGCAUCAUGCGAGUUCUGCGUAUUGCCCGGGUCCUGAAGCUGUUGAAGAUGGCCACAGGCAUGCGGGCGCUGCUGGACACCGUGGUGCAAGCCCUGCCUCAGGUGGGCAACCUGGGCCUGCUCUUCAUGCUGCUCUUUUUCAUCUACGCCGCGCUGGGUGUGGAGCUCUUUGGCAAGCUGGUCUGCAACGAUGAGAACCCGUGCGAGGGCAUGAGCCGGCACGCCACCUUCGAGAACUUUGGCAUGGCGUUCCUUACACUCUUCCAGGUCUCCACGGGUGACAACUGGAACGGGAUCAUGAAGGAUACGCUGCGGGACUGCACGCACGAUGAGCGCAGCUGCCUGAGCAGCCUGCAGUUCGUGUCGCCGCUCUACUUCGUCAGCUUUGUGCUCACGGCCCAGUUCGUGCUCAUCAACGUGGUGGUGGCCGUGCUCAUGAAGCACCUGGACGACAGCAACAAGGAGGCGCAGGAGGACGCCGAGAUGGACGCUGAGAUCGAGCUGGAGAUGGCCCACAGCCUGGGCCCCAGCCCGCGGCCGCCCACCAGCUCCCCGGGCCCGCAGAGCCGAGGGGCCGGGGGUGCCGGCGGCGGGGCCGAGGCCGAGGGCCGCGUGUGCCGCCGCUGCUACUCCCCGGCCCAGGAGAACCUGUGGCUGGACAGCGUCUCUUUAAUCAUCAAGGACUCCUUGGAGGGGGAGCUGACCAUCAUCGACAACCUGUCUGGCUCUGUCUUCCACCACUACUCCUCGUCCACCAGCUGUGAGAGAUGUCACCACGACAAGCAGGAGGUGCAGCUGGCUGAGACAGAGGCUUUCUCCAUGAACUCGGACAGGUCCUCGUCCAUCCUGCUGGGUGAUGACCUGAGUCUAGAGGACCCCACUGCUGGCCCACCUGGCCCCAAGGACAGCAAGGGAGAGCUGGAGCCUCCUGAGCCGAUUCACGUCGGGGACCUGGGCGAAUGCUUCUACCCUGUGCCCACCACGGCCGCCUCCGUGGGCCCCGAGAGCUUCUUGUGUGAGAUGGAGGCCGUUCCCUUCAACCCUGUGCAGUCCUGGCUGAAACACGAGAGCAGCCCAGCUGUGCCCCCGAGCCCUUUCUCCCCUGACGCCUCCAGCCCGCUGCUGCCCAUGCCUGCCGAGUUCUUCCAUCCUGCAGUGUCCGCAGGCCAGAAGGGGCCGGAGAAGGGUGCCAGCGCUGGGCCCCUGCCCAAAAUCGCGCUGCAGGGCUCCUGGGCAUCCCUGCGCUCACCGAGUGUCAACUGUACCCUCCUCCGGCAGGCCACCCGCAGCGACACGUCGCUGGAUGUCAGUCCCAGCAGUUCAGUGGGUAGCCUGCAGACCACACUAGAGGACAGCCUGACCCUGAGCGACAGCCCGCGCCGCGUCCUGGGGCCGCCGGCCACCGUGCCAGGACCCCGCGCGGGCCUCUCGCCCAGCGCCCGUCGCCGCCUCAGCCUGCGCGGCCGCGGCCUCUUCAGCCUGCGGGGGCUGCGGGCGCACCAGCGCAGCCACAGCAGCGGCGGCUCCACCAGCCCGGGCUGCACGCACCACGACUCCAUGGACCCGUCGGACGAGGAGGGCCGCGGCGGCCCGGGCGGCGAGCCCUGGGAGACGCUCAGCAGCCUCUCGCUCACCUCGCUCUUCUGCGCGCCCCUGCCGCCCCCGCCGCAGCAGCCUCCCGGCCUGCCGCCCGCCCGCAGGUUCGGCAGCACCAGCAGCCUGGCCGCCGGCCCCGGGCCCCGUCCGCCCAGCGCCGCCCGCGGCCUGGCCCGGAGCCCCUCGUGGGCGGCGGACCGCAGCAAGGACCCGGCGCGCCCGGCCCCGCCGCCCGCGGGCCUGCGCCCCUCGGCGCCCCAGCCGCGGCCGCCCCCCGGCGAGCUGGAUCCCGGCGACGCCGCCAGCACGAGGAAGAGAUGA